AUGCUCAAUGUACUGAGAGAACGUCGACUACCCACUGCCGCAUACCCCAUUCGAGGAUUUGCACACUUUUUACACCAUCCACAGCGCCAUGCUGGCCCCAUCUUUCUAUCGAUUGUCAAGGUGAUUGCAGCAAGCGCUGUGGUUGUUGUUCCACUGUACCGCUAUGGAUUUGGGUUCCAACACACGCUUUUGGAGAGGGCUUACAAGGCCUUCUUUUCCGGGAAUGCACCGCAAACCAGCAUGGACUCUCUACUGAUCAAAGUAUCGAGUCUCGUACUUUGUUUGGUCGAGACAUCUGCCAUCACGCUACAGAUGGGAAGCCAUUUUAUUGGCAAUAUACGUGCUCGCUUAUUUGACUCUGUAUUGAAGGAGCGCAAUGGUUUACCACGCCAAGAUGAAAGCGAUGCCAAUUUAGCAAUGGUCUCUGCAAAAGUGGCAGGACCUGCUACUACGCAUGAUAGCCAUGCUGCUCGCAAGUAUCAUUUCCUCUCGCCUCGAUACUUGAUGAUCCUCAGCGCUCAACAGGAUGACAAUUGGUCCAUCUUUUUCCUGCGAUCUGCUCUCUUUGUGUUAACCCUGCCUCUUAAUGUGGUGCCUGUGGUGGGUCCACUGUGCUUCAUCUCCAUUCAAGCCUUAUUUCGAGGCGGUGCAGCUCAUAAACGUUACUUUCAACUGUAUAAAUGGACUCCAGAGCAACGUCAGCGAAGAAUUGAGGCUUAUUUCUGGCAAUAUCAACGAUUUGGUCUGGUCGCUACUGCAUUGGAGAUGCUGCCUUUUGUAGGCUACUUGUUCAUGUAUACGAAUCAAGUUGGGGCUGCUUUAUGGGCUAUGGAUUUGCAUGAUCGUAAGUUGUUGGAGCCAUCAGCCUCCUCCCCCUCCUCAAAGCAAGAUUGA